CCACCUAAUUUAUGUUAAAAAUUAUUUGUAUGGCCCCAAGGGAGUUUUGUUCUUCUGGAAAUUGCAACAGCCAUACCUACGCGCGAUUUUCCAAAACUCCUUAAAUUUUCAGAAAGCUCAAGCAAUUUCAAGGAAGAAACCAAGAAAUGGCUCAAGCUCUGGAGUUUUAUAGUGGGCACAUUGAAGCUCUAAUGCGUGCAAUGUCUCUAGCAAAAAUCAUUAGAGAAGAUAAGAAUUCUUGUAUGAUUGAAGAGGGUCUCUAUUUGGGGUCCUUUGGAGCUGCAAACAAUAAAGAUGCACUCAAAAGCUUGAAUCUAACUCAUAUUUUGACGAUUGCUAGAGAUAUAAAUCCUCCUUAUCCAAAUGAGUUUGUCUACAAAGUCCUUGCUGUUCAUGACAGAGUUGAUGUAAAUAUUUCACAUUACUUUGAGGAAUGCUUCGACUUCAUUGAAGAAGCAAAAAGACAGGGUGGUGGUGUGCUGGUGCAUUGCUUUGCGGGAAAAUCCAGAAGUGCAACCAUAGUCAUCGCUUAUCUGAUGAAAAAGCAUGGUAUGAGCCGCUCUGAAGCUUUUCAGCUUGUCAAGAGUAAAAGACCGGUCGUUUCUCCCAAUGCUGGUUUUAUGACUCAGCUGGAAAACUAUGAUAAAACCCUUAAAGCCGGCAGAGUUAUCAAAACCACUGAAAGGGAAAAAAAUGAAGUGCAGCGGCAGUUUUCUAAAUUGUAUGUAGCAAAACAGUGCUGGGUUUGUUUCCACUUCAACAAGCACGAACUUUCCAGACAAUCAAAUAAACUCCCCAGUGUAACAACCGGUGCUUGUUACUUUUGUCCUGUGAAAUCAUUAACUCGAUCCAGUAACAACAAAUCUCCCAAAUCUAAGUGGAACUUGCUCCAUCACUGUGCCCGGCACCACCCAAUGGAGUCCUAACCAUCUCAAAAUCUCACACCACAAGCAAGUCACCACCAAAUAAAGUAAGAGGAGGAGGUGUACAUCUUCACUUGAACAUUUGCACAUGAAGCACCAGUGUACAUAUGUAGUCCGCCUUCUUUUUAUUUUCAAGUUCUCAGCUGUAAAUAUUGCCGUCAAGUAAAAAACCACACCUUUCUUGGUAUCCAAGGAAAUCAAACCUCAAACCAGUAAGUUUGGAAUCUGAUCCAUCCUCAGAAAGAGCUUUGGAUAAUAUGACAUUACUGAAAACGACCCAUCUCUUCUCAUCCCUAAUGCCUAGUAAGUUGAACUUUCUGGGUAGCUUGUAUGCAACUCACAAGUUGAUCUUUCUGGGUAGCUUGUAUGCAACUCUCAUAUCUUGCUUCAUUGCGCAACCCUACAAAGGGUUCACUGAGAUGAUAGUUGCAGCAGCCGGUACAAAGCAUUGUGGAAGCUUAAGCUAAGCAGUAAGGACAUAAUACUCCACAAAGCAACGAUCAACCAACAAGAAACAGAGUAGCUGAAGCUAGCUAUCAGAUUGGCAACCUUGCAGAAACUUAUCUAAAGUCCCUAUAGUUGGAAUCUGUGUUACAUGGACCUUUCAUUUGCCUUGAUAUAACUGAGCCAAAACAAUGUGACAAGGGUGGGGUGUUUCAUAUGGAUUCUUCAGAAAUACUAACUGCACCUGGACAAGAUACUUACACGUCUCUCAUCGGAUAAGGACCAUAGCUGAGUCCAUCUAACAUCGGAUAAGGACCAUAGCAGAGCAUUGCUAGAUCCUUUUCUAUUUGGAGAACCUCUUUCCUUGUGUGGGAUUCGACCAAAUAAACGUUGAAUCAUCCACCAGAGGGAGUGAAAUUUGAUGAAAUCUUGCAUUUGCAAUGGCUGGCCCAACAAGCUGCAAAUUAUCUCUCAAAACAGCUUGUUUCUCCAAAAAUCAGUCUCCAGAAUUAAUAUUUAUGAGUUGUGUGUUUUCCGUCGGGUCAAAGUUAUCACUACCUCAAUGAAUCAUGUGACCUUUAAAGACCUCAUUUCUUGCUUGUGUAUUACUCUUACGAUGUAUAGAUUUGUGAAAUUUCAUGUUGCUGUAGUAGGCAUAUAAAUCUUUACUAGGGGAUUCUUUCAUCACCAUAAUCUAUAAGUCACUUGAAAUAUAUCAUCAAAUUCAACCU